AUGUCAACUACCGACAGUUCGUCUGUAGUAGAAACGGCCGAACCAAUCGCAACAUCCGAAUGGAAUUCUAAUAUAUCUACCGAAGCAACAAGUGAAGCUGAACUAACGCCAACAGCGGAAGGAAAAAGUUUGGCCACCGAACCAUACACAAUCCACCCUGAAACGGAAUCAACACCAGAAGUAGAAACAGCAAAUACAUUGCAUGCUGAAGUUACACCUGAAGGAGAAGCAGUAUCGACUCCAUAUGUUGAGACAGAGGUUACGCCGGAGGCAGAACUAGGAUUGACUCCACUUGCUGAAGUGGAAAGUACACCCGAAGGAGAAACAAGUGCAACCCCUUUCGCUGAAACAGAAGCUACACCAGAAGCUGAAGUCGCUAUCAUUUCUGUCCCAGAAGGAGAAGUGACUCCUGAAUUAGAAACAGUAGUAACUCCUAAUACUGAAACGGAAACUACAGCCGAAGCUGAAUCCGCUACGAAUUCAUUUCCAGAAGGAGAAGCGACUCCUGAAUCAGAAGCAGUAGGGACUCCUUAUGCUGAAAUAGAAACAACACCAGAAGCUGAAUCCGCUAUAACUUCUUUCCCAGAAGGCGAAGUAACUCCAAAAUCAGAGAUAGGGGUAACUCCUUAUGCUGAACUGGAGAGUACGCCGGAAGCUGAAACUGCUAUAACACCAUUUCCUGAAGUAGAAACGACACCAGAAUCAGAAAUAGGCAUAACCCCUUAUCCUGAAAUGGAAACUACACCAGAAGCAGAAACUGAAAUAACUCCAUUUCCAGAAAUAGAAACAACCCCAGAAUCAGAAUUAGGAAUAACUCCUUAUCCUGAAAUGGAAACCACUCCGGAAGCUGAAUCUGCCAUGACUGCAUUCCCCGAAGUAGAAACAACACCAGAAUCAGAGCUAAGUGCGACUCCUUACCCUGAAAUGGAAAUGACACCUGAAAGUGAAUCCAUGUCGACACCAUAUCCUGAGUUUGAAAAUCACCCUAAUGCAGAAACGGCUGUUACCCCUUAUGCUGAGUUUGAAUUUACGCCCGAAGCAGAACUAUCUACUACCCCAGAAGAGGAAUCACCUUUAUUACCAGAAUCAGAAGUAACAUCAGCACCUGAGGUUGAACUUUCAUCCAUUGGUGAAACAAGUCCAGAAACUGAAGUAGAAGUUACUGUAUCGGGUGAACCAGAGACAGCUGUAUCUCUUGCUGAACCAACACCUGCAUGGACGGAAGCAAUUCCGCAAUGGGGUGCAGCCUGGCCAAUCCAUAUUUAUUUUUUUGGUGCUAUUUUUAUUCUAAUAGCACUAUUCGCUUUAUAUAGCUUAGUUAAGCCACGAAAGAGAAAAUUCAAAGUUAUUGGAAUGCUAUUCAAUCGAUUGGUAUUGUUUUUCUUAUUUGUUUUUGCCACAACACGCGCAAUAUGUCUACUAGUAGAUCCAUAUCACUCCAAGGGUAUUAUGCCGCCACUAUUAUACAAUAUUAUUUGGGCAUUAGGUAGUCCUUGCUUAAUCUCAUCAUUGGGCGUUUAUAUGAUUUUACUUUUAGAUGCAAAUUAUGCCGUGAAAACUUUGCGUUUAGCAAAACUGAACAAUUUUUUAAUUGUAUGUACGAUUUAUUUUCUGUUGGUAUUUGCCGCUGAAUUUAUGGCCUAUUUCACAUCGGCUAAUUCUAUGGCUUCGAGGAUUGUAACAUUUAUAUGUCAAGCGUUUUACUUCUUAUGGGGAGCAUUCUGCAACAUCGGUUUUAUUAUUGCUGCAGUUAUGCUGCAUCAGCGUGCCAUUUUAACAGCCAUUGCAUUGGCUGAAUCAAGAAGAUUUAUUGCCAAGAAUUUCGCUAAAUCCAAUAAAAUGUCCAAACUAUUUACUUUAUCUGUCUCUUGUUCCAUAAUUGGACUAGCAUUAUCAGCAAUUCAUUUCUAUGCUAUGGUAACUUUGUUUAACAUGUUUGUUCCUCAUCUAAGGGUUUAUCCAUGGCCUUGGUGGGCAUUUCAAACAUCUUAUCGUAUGAUUGAAGUUAUUGCAGCAUUUAUAUUAUGCAAAGUUGCUACCGUGGCAUCAGCAGUGAAGCGCUAUAGUCAUAUUCAUCGAGAAGGCUUCAUAGCAUCAAUCUGCAUUAAAUUAAUGACUUGUUGCGGCAGUUCAAAUCGAACAGAUUCAGAAAUAAGUGCAGUAACUGAUAUGGAUAAUCCUUCGUUUACGAAAGGCCAAUUAACACUCCUUCACUUAGAUUAG